GCGUAAUAAUAACUUUAACGUGAAAAUAACUUACAGCUGUUUUUCUUUUUGUUUGUUUUGGUUUUAUUAUUUUCUCAUAGAAUUAAUCAUAUCCCUUAAAUGAAGAAUGAAAAAUGGUGAAUUUAAAACACUUGUUCCAGGAUUUUAAUCCAAGUAAAUUUGUGAUAUUCUCCUGCCUGCUCGUGUUUUCUUUCCUGUUUGCUCUGAGACUUGACAACACAAUAGAGUGGAGUUACUGGGUUGUUUUUCUACCAAUAUGGAUUUGGAAAUUCCUGGUGAUAUUUGGUGCUAUCAUUGGAAGUUAUGUCUGGUUUAGACAUCCGCUAUACAGACUGGAGGGAGAUAGUUUUGUGCAGUUUAAAGCUAUGAUAAUGACCACCAGCAUGCACCUGAUGUUACUGGUGUUUGACAUUCUAGCUUGUGAUAACCUAGAGACAGACAAUCACUCCUGGAUGUUUGUAUUCAUACCCCUGAUGUUCAUGUCAAUUGUCUCCAUUGGAUUUUGUGUAUGGGCUAUAAAGAAUGAGAGAUCCUUCGAGUUGGAGUUGUUCUGUUCUGUAAAUAUUCUACAGUUUAUAUUCCUUGCAUUGAGGUUGGACAAUGUCAUUCACUGGAGUUGGGUGAUUGUAUUUAUUCCUAUAUGGAUAGUCAUGUGUGUAUCAAUGAUCGGUGUUAUAUAUGCUGUUAUUCUGGCAAUCAUUUUGUCACGUUCACCGGAGAUUAUCAGGGACCAGCGUCGUGGAAAUCUCACUACUGCCAUCGGAUAUUCUCUUCUAGUCAUUCCUAUGUUGAUUUUUGAAAUUAUGUUAGCCAACAGACUUGAUGAAGACAACCAUUUUAAAUAUACAGCCAUCACUGUACCAUUAUAUAUUUCAUUGUUAACACUGGUUUUACUGUCAUUUGGAGCAAAGGGGGGUAACCAGUGGUGGUUUGGCAUCAGAAAAGAUUUUUGUCAAUUUUCACUGGGACUGUGUCCCUGUUUACAAGAGUACGGGAACAUAUCAUAUUCAGCACAGACCCAUAGUGAGCAAAUCUCCGAGCCGGAACAUAUGACACCAAAACAUUUACAAACAAAAAAGAAACCACCCGAUGAUUUUCAAAAAGUUGUUGUACCAAUUAUUUCUAUAGAGACGCCAGAUUGAAAUAAAUUUAUUUUAUUAUAAAAGUUAUGCUUGAAUUAUGAAAUACACAUAUUUAGAUUAGGGUAGAUAGUUUUGUCAGGAUUGUGUUCAGGUUCUCUUGAAAUUUCUUAGAAUUAUUGCAGUGUCAGAAAUAAAUAUAGACAUGUUAAAAAUAUUUUCAGUGUCACUGAUACUAAGAUUUGUCUAGAAUGUUAAAUUAAUAAAUUAGUGACAUUUUGCCCAUCCAAGGGUAUGUAGUUAGUGAAUAGGUGAAAGUCAAUGGACCUUUCCAGUGUCUACAGUUUUAUGUAAAUUAGCUAACUUCUUAUCCAAUUACUACACUGAGAUAAUACAUAGUCACUGGUUGACCUGGUUUGCACAAAAGAACAUGUGGUUAUGUUUGUGAUUCUGUUUGAGAGCAGUUCACCUUGCAAUGAAUGGAGAAGGUGUGACUAAAUGUUCCUCUAUAAAAACUGGAAAGGUCCAUUGCCACAUUUCUUUUCAGUUUUUUUGUGUCGCCUUUAAAAAGGCGACAUAGAGUUUACUUUUGUCAGCGGCUUUGUUGUUGGUAUCGUCCGCGUCCCCUAAAGCUUGUCUGGAGCAUAAGUCAGUCAUUAUAAGUCGGAUUGACUUCAAACUUGGUAUGCAUGCUUGUUAUAAUGACCCGAAGUGCAGUGCACAAGAACCGGUACUCUGCACUUCUUAGUUUUUGAGUUAUUGCCCUUUGUUAAUUUUCUGACUUUAUUUUUGUCCGGGCAUUUUCUCCUAAAGUAUAAAAGCUAUGGACUUGAAACUUCAUAGGAUGAUAGAUCUCAUUAAGAAGAAGUGCACUGCACAAGAACCGGUACUCUGCAUUUCUUAGUUUUUGAGUUAUUCAUUGCUGAUUUUCAUACGUUAUUUUUGUCCAGGCCAUUUCUCCGUAAGUGUAAAUGCUAUGGUCUUUAAACUUCAUAGGAUGAUAGAUCUCAUUAAGAAAAAUGCAGUGUACAAGAACUGGUACUCUGCACUUCUUUAUUUUGUUCAUUUUUGUCCUGGCCAUAAAUUCUCCUAAACUAUGUUGUUCAAAAGGCGACACAUCUGACUUGCGGAGUCCUAGUAUUAUUUACCUUGCAGGAAUGAUAAAUAACUCAUGUGGCCCAAAGAAAUGUCUUAAAUAUCCAUCAGAAUUUACCUGUAAAGUUUAAUUCAUAAAAGGCAGUCUUUUUAUAUUUUAGGUAGAUUUAUAUUUCAUCUUAAACAUUUUCCAGUAUCAACUGUUGGUCAAUUACCUUUAUAACAGUCAAUCUUUUGAAAUAAAUAGUCAACUCAACUUACUUUUAAACAUGUUAAAGUGAACAAAAAUGAGCAUAAUGUCACUUUAAUAAGAUUUUUCACGUACAAGCUAACUAAAUGCUUUGACUGAAUUGAAUAUGGAUUUACAAUAAACAUGAAUUAUAUGCACAUUGUGCCUCAUAAAUCCAUAUUAAUGUUAAUCCUUUAUAAACAUCAAACAUGUGUUAAAUAAUGUUUAAAUAAUGGAUUAAGUGCAUGUUUUAUGUUUUACAACUGAAAAAAGUAGCACUGAAUAUGCAGUUAUGUACAUGUGUGGUAAAGGUAGCAAAAAGUAAACAAAGUAUUAUUUUGACUAGUACCAUACAAAAUACUAAUUCACUAUUAUAAUACCAAUUGCCAAUAGAACUUAAGAUGAAAGAAAUAGUUGAUGUCCAUAACAUAUGAGUAUGCUUUUGGAAACUGUAAUAAAAUACAUAAAAUAAAAAGUUUUUGAGAGGUAAAAAUGAUAUCAUUUCUGAGGCAUAAUGGGCCUUUGUUCAGUCUGCAAGGGAGGAAAUGAAAAUAUACAAGGUAUUUUGUUUUGUUUGUAUUGUACAAUGAUAGAUAUUGUAUUUAAUUGUAUGAAAACAUUCUUUUGUAGCAUUAACCCUUUAUUGUUAACGAUAAAGUACUGGUUAUAUUGAAAUUUAAAUCCAAAGUAGAUGUGAUUUUCUGAAAAUGUGCUUAGUGUCAUAAAAUAUUCAGAUGUUUUUUUCAGAUAAAAGAAAUUUGACACAGUGGAAGUGAUAUUUUUAGAGUUUUUAUACAAGGAAUCGAGUCUCCUCUAAAACUAUUUUUACUUUGUUUUAAAAGGAACCAUAAAUGAGCCAUGUCACGACAAAACCAAUAUAGCGCAUUUGAGACCAGCAUGGAUCCAGGUCAAUUUAGUUUGAUCAAGAUCCAUGCUGUUAGCUAACCAACUCUAUUACAAGUAGAGAAACUGAUAAUGAACAGCAUGGAUCCUAAUCAGUCUGCAUGUCUUGAUUCAUGCUGGUCGCAAACCAAUUAUGUUGGUUUUGUCAUGGCGCGGCUCAAAUCUGCAUAUCACUUAACUUGAGAAAUGGAUGUUAAUUUAGGCAAUCACUGCAGACAAUGGCACUUUUUUCACAACCUUUGUCAAGAUUUAUCAACGGUCAUUUACUUAAAUACUUUAAUCCAGCUAUAAUUUUUUUCAAAAAUUA